CGUACUAUGAUGGAAGGUAUAAACAGAUUGGAAAUUUCUGUUUCCCAAGCAAAUCAAUCUUUAUCAUUGUUGCAAUCAGAUUUCCUAGAAUACGGCAGAAGACUGAAUACAGUUAAGUGCAUUGUUUCCGAUAUUGAAUCCAGCGUUACUUUAACAUCUGAACGUGUAGACGAUAUGGAGAUAAAAAUUAGGGAAUUGGAAUCAUCUUUGCCCCGAGACAUAGAAACAGCUGAUUCCCUACUUGGCACGCACCAACCCAAGACCUCUGAAAAUAAUGUGUGGCUCUCAGGAGAUCGCUUCUCUAAUUCUUUCAACAUGCAGAAAGUUAAAGAAACAACAUCCCCCCACCGAUCUCUUGUGUUUACCACGGACAAAACAGUGCGACAACAACAGGAAUACAGAGAUGUUAAGACCAUAUUAAACGACCGCAUCAAGGCAGGAGAAACAAAUCUCAAAAUUCGUUUCUACAAAGGAAUACCGAAAAUAAUAUCAGUUUGAAUUUAUCAUCGAUUAAACCUAAUAAUUUUCUCAAGUUUAAUAUUAAUGUUUUCUAUCAAAAUGUGCGUGGAUUGAAUACUAAAUUUUCUCAAUUAGAAUCCUUCCCAGACUAUUCGUUAU